AUGAAGAAUGCCCACCCGCCGGCCAGCGCGCCGCCGUUGCUUGGCGACGCGGGUUCGGCCGACGUAGGCAACGUCGACGAGUCGAGUCCGCGCCGCGCAGGGAUGAGCUACGACGAAACUCGCGAAUUCGAGCAUGCGCCGUUGGCGUUGCCGUCAGCGUUGGCGUUGGUUGAGACGGGACAGCCUGACUCAGUGAUCUCCAGCAAUCAUGCCAAUUUGCAUAUGCCCGCCUAA